AUGCCACCACCACCACCACCACGACAACAACCUGGUGGUCCUGUGUCAGAAGCACAUAGACUAGCAUUAAUACCUUCUUCCCGUAUGGAAUUUCCUACACAACGUCGAUGGGCUGUUUCUAUCUUUGUUCUGCUUCAAUCCUGGAAGAUAACCGAUCUUUGGUUAGCAUAUACAGCUGCUUAUCCUGAGCAAUAUAGUGGUAUUUUGAUGAAAUGGUGGUUGAUCGAUACGAUCUAUUUGUUAUGUUUACAUGUAGCCAAGAUUCCGUGGUUACAAUUUAGUGUGAUUAAAACAUUACUGUUGACACUUUUUAUGCUUUGGUUAAAUUUCGUACUUUUCGUAGCUCCAACUGCUGGACUUGGUGGAAUUUUCUUCAAGAAUCUAUUUGGCGAUAGUUUUGGUAAACAAACUAGUAUAUCUCAAGGAAGACUUGUAAAUGUAAAGGAUAUUGUACAAAAUUCUUCACAUAUUUUGGGUAGACAUACAGUUCAUAUUCUUCCUUAUGGAACUGCCAAGUUGAAUCCUAAUAAUGAAGUAUAUUGCUUAACAACUACAGAAAUUGGAAAAAAGGAUAUUUUUAUACCCAUUAUCUUAAACAAUACAGCUCCUCGUACUGUUUCUAUCUCUCGAUAUGAUUUUGAUACAAACCAGAAAACGAUUAAAGAUUAUUCUGGAAGAGAUAUUCAACGUGCAACAGAGAUUGGACAUACAAAAGAAGGCGUAGAAUAUUAUUAUGUACGUGUUAGGAAUCCAGGCGCUUAUAAAUUGGAAAAAAUUGUUUCCAAAGAUGGUGUAGAUGUUCGAUUAUAUAACCGACAUGCUUUUGUAUUUACCUGUCCUUACGCUCAAUUUAAACCUAUUGUAAAUAAGGAUUAUUGUACAGGCGAUAAAGAAACACUCCAGUUAGAAGUAAUUGGUGUUCCACCAUUAAAUAUUGAAUAUAUAAAGAAAUCAGCAGGUCAUCGUGAAGCUCAACUCAAAUUGGAUCGUAUUCAACCUGAAGGAUUUGAAUCACCCCUUCUUCUUAAGCCUCGAUCUGACAAUCGCCUGGAUUCUUCAUUAUUUGAUACAAAGCUUGAUGAUAAUUAUAAUUGGGCUUCUGUUCAACAAGUAAACGUUCCUUUGAACUUGACUUUUAAUUCUGCUUCCAAACAAGAAUACACUCUUCUACGUGUUGUUGAUGGUGUAGGCAAUGAAUUAGAUCUUUCUGGCUUGUCAGCUUCUCAAACAUUUGAAGUUCAUCAACGUCCCUCUGUUCAAUUCAAGUGUAGUGAAACAGACCCUAUUCAUCUUUUAAUUGGAUCUAAGUCUACUCAAAUUCCUUUGGCUCUUGAAGGUUCUAGUCCUUUUCAACUUGAAUACACCUUCUCUGGUGAUGAAGUCCAACACAAGGCAAAGUUAACUUCUGCCUCUUCUAUAUCUGUCUCCUCUCCUGGAGAAUAUAAUCUUGUCUCAGUAAGUGAUCGAUACUGUCAAGGUCAAGUUAUGUUCCCUUCUUCCUGUCAUGUUGUACAACCUCAAUUACCUUCUGUUAAAAUUCAAGCAACUCCAAUUGCUUCAGAAUGCGCAGGUGAUAAUGAAGUAGGUAUGAAAUUUGUUGCAGAAUUCGUUGGUGCACCCCCUUAUGUACUUGAAUACGAAAUUACAAAACAAUCUGGUCGCUCCAAGAAGCUUAUUGAACGUAAGCGUGAAACAAUCGACAGAUCUCGUCACAUCUUUUCAUAUUUGCCAAGCUCAAGUGGUGAAUAUACUUAUCGCUUUAUCUCUCUGGAUGAUCGACAUUAUAAGAAACGACCCACAGAUAUGGCUCCUAUCCAACAAACCGUUCAUCCUCAGCCUGAUGCUCGAUUCAAAACAAAGCAUGCAGUACGAACCUGUUUAGGUGAAGAUUUAACAGCUGAAGUCGAGUUACGAGGAACAGGACCUUUUGUGUUAACUUGGAUGGUAGGUGAUCAACUCUAUUCGGAUCGUGUUGAAGGUGACCGAUACACUAUUCAAUUACCUCCCUUUGAUCGUCCAGGUCGUCAUCUUAUUUCACUAAUCAAGAUCCAAGAUGAUAACCAUUGUGUCAAGGAUUUAGAAGCUCGUGAUUUUACAAUUGAUGUUCGACGCGAUAGACCCAAUGCAUUCUUCUUUGGUGACAGAAUGAAUGUGACAGAGGGUGCAGAAGCAAACCUACCUGUUCGUUUGACUGGUGAAGGGCCUUGGACAGUCAGCUAUCGACAUGUUGAGAGCAACCAAAAAGCCACAAGACGCUUUCAUGAUCCUAAUGCUUCCGUUACUGUACAUAAACCAGGCCACUAUGAGCUUUUGACGGUAGAGGAUGCAAUCUGUAAGGGGGAUGUUGUCCCCUCUCAUUAUGCUGUGCAAUGGAUUGAUAAGCCUACUAUUUCAGUUCCUAAAGAUCAAGGCGCUGUCGAAAUCUCUCACCAUCAUUUUGAACGUCGUGCUGUCUGUCAAGGUACAAAUGAUGCUAUUGAUAUUGAAUUUGAUGGACAAGGACCUUUCUACUGUAGUUAUACAGAAUAUCGUGGUGCGGGACGCAGUUUUUAUGCUGUUAAACAAGAAGAAAUUGCUACAGGUAAUCGACGUUACCGUUUCCCUCUCAAGACCUCUGACCCAGGAAAGUAUCGUUACGUCUUUGAUAGACUUGCUGACCAACGUUAUACUGAACCCUUCAAGUUAAGCGAACGCUUGCAAAUUGAACAAGUUGUGCAUGCAAAACCAACUGUUAAAUUUAGUAGUCGAUCAACACGUAAGGAACGUACUGUUUGUGUUGGUGAUACUUGGCAAACCGAGAUGGAUCCUAUCUAUAUUGAGUUUACAGGUGUCGCACCCUUUAGUGUUGAAUUUGGAUUGCGUCUUGAAUCUGAAAUGGGUGGUCGUGUGAUUCAAGUAGACAACAUUAUGACCAACAAAUAUAAAUUAGAUUUACCCGAUGAAGUCGUUCAUGUAGCUGGUACCUAUGAUAUCAAAUUGUUAAGUGUAAAUGAUGCCAAUGGAUGUGGUGCAGCUGUAGUAGAUGAUACGACAGUCAAGGUAAAGGCUCUUGACAUUGCUACCAUUACAGCGAUGGAAGUCUAUGAUGAUGUUUGUGUAGGUGAUACAGUUGAUUUUAGUCUCUCAGGUGUAGGACCUUUUACUGUCCAUUAUAUGUUUAAUGGCAAGAGCGAAACAGCAAAGACAGCCACUUCUAAACUAUCUAUGAUUGCAGAUAAACCAGGUAAUCUUACCAUUCUCUCUGUUGGUGAUCAACGUAAUCAAUGUCGAUCAUUCCCUAAAAACAUGAUGAAACGAAUUCAUGAAGUACCCUCUUCUUAUAUUAGUGGUGGUAAAGAAAUUAUUGAAAGUAUUCAUGAAGGUGAUAUGGUUCAGGCUACAGUAGACUUAGUAGGUACACCACCAUUUAAUUUUGAAUGGCGACGUAGUCGACUUGUUUGGGAUCAUGUGAAUAAACGACAUUAUAAAGGGGAAGUACUUGAAAGUCAUAUUGUGACAGGUAUUUUAGAACAUCAAUAUUUGAUCAACACAUCUGUUGAGGGUAUUAUUGAGAUUGUAAGCAUCAAGGAUCAAUAUUGCCAAUAUCCUAUUUAA